UUUUCUCUGUGUUUAAACGAAUAAAGUCACUUCCUGGUCAGCACUUUUAAAAGAAACCAUGCCAUUCAACCACAGAGCUCAUCUGUGAACACUUGCUGUCAGACAUAAGAGAGAAAAAUGGAAUUAGAGGACAUUUAUGAAAAUGUUGAAAACGAUGAUACUGAGGAUACAACUAAACCUCGAACACUGAAUCACAGCCAGGAUGAAGGAAAAGAUCAAAAGUGCAGAGGAAGCAGACGUUUGGUGUUGAUGACAGUGUGUCUCGGGAUCGUUUGUGCUCUUCUGCUGGUCUCCAUCAUAUCGCAGCACAUCUCCAACAGAGCAGAGAGAGAAUCUCUGUUCAAGAGUAACAAGAACACAGCUGAAGAGUUCAAUCAGACCAUCAACAGCUUACAGGACAAUUACACUGAACUAAUGACUGAAAAACACCAACUGAAGAACAACUUCAACUCUUUGAGUCAGAAAAAACUGGAGCUGGAGACCAGAGUCAAUGAUCUUAUGGCUGAGAAAAACCAGUUACAGAGAAACAUUGAUUCUUUGAGUCAGAAUAAACUAGAGUUAGAGAAUGAACUAAGGAAGUUAUCUGAGCAAGCAAUUGGCUGUCUUGUUGUGUCCAAUGAGGAGAAGAGCUGGUCUGACAGCAGGAAGUACUGCAGGGAUCGUGGUGGUGAUCUGGUCAUUAUCAAGAGUGAAAAGAAGCAGCGCAGUGAAACUGCACGUCUAUUGGCUCAAAGGAAUGGAACUCUUUGA